AUGCCCGCCCUCCCUCUCAUCCUCGCCACUGCGAUUGCCCUCACCCUCAAGGCAUCCGCCCAAACCGUCGCCGACCCAUGGGGCCAAUGCGGCGGCACCGGCUGGUCGGGCGCCACGACCUGCCCGAGCGGCUACACCUGCACCGUCAGCAGCGAAUACUACUCUCAGUGUAUCCCUGGGAGCGGCGGCGGAGGUAGUGGAGGUGGCUCGGGCACGGCCACGACGACUGCGGCUGGCGGAUCUGCGACGCUUGUACCGGGGUAUUCGUUCAUUAGGGCGGUGCAAGCCCCCAACUUCCACAAAUACCUCCAGUCAGAGAUCCUUGAGACCGCGUCGGACGCGGUCUUGGGCGAGCCCGCGGACGCAGCGCAAUUCGAGAUCACGGGCGGGCAGUUAGUGCAACAUGCAUCGGCCGCCCCCCUCUACGCCACCGUCGAAGCCCCCGCCAGUGCCGAGACCAAGAAGCUCAAGGUGACCUGGUCGGCGAGCAAGGACACCCUCGGCACCUUCGUCUUCCAGGGCGACUCGGUGGAGUGGAGCUCGCCGAGUGUGAAGCGGCAGCAGAAUAAUGCCUGGCUCGUCUGCGAGGACACAGAGGGACACAAGGAUGUGUAUAUCAAUUUGGGCCCGUAUUCGUACCAAACACCCGAAGGCUGCGUCGACCAGACGAUCCACGGGUAUACGGGGUCGACGGCGACGGCGUGA